CUAAUAGUUAGUUAAGUCAUUGUUUUUGGAUGCUAUAUAUAUAAAGCUCCAUUGUAAUAGUUAGAGAGAUCAGAUCAUUCACAAGCUUAAUGCAUUUUCUUUCUUCUUCUUCUUCAUCAUCUUGUCCUUAAUUCUGUCCAGAAUUUGACAUCAAAAUCAAUGAGUUCAUAGACUCAUUUUUCUUCAUGGUAUCAGAGCAGGAAGUGCUGGAUCGAGUGGAGUUUAGAUCUCCUUUAGUUCUUUGAACUUGUGGUUAAGAUUAUGUGGGAAGAGUUUAGAUCUACUCCUUCAGAAAUUUUUUUUUUCUUCUGAUCGAUUGACUGUGAAGCUGUUGUAAAGCUUUUGAGAAGCUGUUGUGAAUCUGUUGUUUCUUCUUCUAGGUGAAUUUAGAUAUCAUCUAAGUUUGCUAAACCAGUUGUUGAUUGAUUAGCUCGAUAAUGGCUGUGUUAAGAAUUGAUCAAAGUGAUCCUCUGUAUAUUGGACAAUCAGAUUCAUCAGGAGCUGUAUUGAUUCCUAUCAAAUUGACUGGUUCAGAGAAUUAUGGAGUUUGGAGCAGAUCCAUGAGGAUUGCACUCUUAGGUAAAAGGAAGUAUGGUUUUGUGACUGGAGCUUGCACUAAAGCAUUGUACAAAGAUGAUCUUCAUGAACAAUGGGAAACAUGUAAUGCCAUAGUCUUGUCAUGGUUGAUGAACACUGUAAGUGAGGAGCUUCUUAGUGGCAUAGUUUAUGCCACAACUGCAUUCUCUGUUUGGGCAGAUCUCAAGGAGAGGUUUGAUAAGGUGAAUCGAAUGAGAAUUUAUCAAUUGCACAAGGAGAUAACUACACUUACACAAGGUACAGAUUCUGUGUCUUGUUAUUUUUCUAAACUUAAGACCCUAUGGAGUGAGUAUGAUGCUGUGACACCACAUCCUAGCUGUUCAUGUCCACAGUCUAAGGAGUAUGUAGAUCACCUUCAUGAAUUGAGGCUAAUUCAGUUUUUAAGUGGAUUAAAUGAUUCCUAUGAUCAACCUCGUAGACAGAUAUUGCUUAAAGGAAUUACACCUUCUCUCAACCAAGCAUAUGCUAUGAUCAUAGAGGAUGAAAUUCAACAUUCAACAUGCACAGCUACUGCUGUUGAUAAACCAAAUUCAAUGGUGAUGAAUGUAAGAAGAGCUCAUGGGAAGGAAGUUUUUAAUCAAGGGAAGGAAGGUUUUAAGAGUAAGAAAUGUGAUUACUGUCAUUUUUCUGGGCAUACUAGAGAUAACUGCUACAAACUAAUUGGAUAUCCAAGUGAUUGGAAGUUUAAGAAGAAGCCAGGAUAUAACAAUAAGAAUGGUGGUUAUGGUGAUUCUAAUACUGGCUAUGGAAGUGCUGGAAAUAAGAACAACAGUGAUGGUUCUAAUGCUGGUUAUAGAGGUCCACAUAUAGCCAAUAAUGUGGCAGGUGACAUCAACACUGCCUAUGAUCAGUCUCAAUUAGCUUCAACUAGUCAAGGUGCAGGAAGUAGUGCAGGAAAUGACACAUGUUUAGCAAGAGCACAAGUGUUCACAGAAAAGGAAUAUAAGCAAAUCUUGGAGAUGCUGAACAAAGAAGAGCCAAAGAGAGUUAACAUGACAGGUAUUACAACUUGCUUAAUGGCAAAUUCUUUCUCACAAGACUGGAUUGUAGAUUCUGGUGCCACUCAUCAUGUUACAGCACAUAAGCAGUCAUUAUUCAAAAGCUAUGAAUUGAAUAAAUUACAGAAGAGUCAGGUACAUUUACCCACAGGGGAUAGAGUAGAUGUGAAUCAUAUUGGUGAAUCAACUAUAUUUGAAGAUGAGGUUGUGAAAAAUGUGCUGUAUGUACCAGAUUUCAAAUUUAAUCUGUUAUCAGUGUCCAAAAUGACAAGGGAACUGUCUUGUUUUGUAUCAUUUUAUCCUGACUUCUGUGUUUUCCAGGACCUCUUCAAUGGCAAGGUGAAGGGGAUUGGUAAAGAGCAGGGAGGUUUAUACAUGUUCAAGAGUGGCUCAACAUUGAAUAAAAUAGACAAACAUAAGCAACAUGUGAUGGUGGCAGCAGGUACAUCAAAUCAAGAUAUUCAACUUUGGCAUCAAAGACUUGGACACCCUUCUCACAUAAUCAUGAAACAUCUAAAAUUGAUUUCCAGCAAUAAAGAUGAUGUGGUUACUAGUUGUCCUGUUUGUCCAUUAGCUAAACAAACAAGACAAGUAUUUCCUAGUAGUAACUCUAGAGCCUCUACUAGUUUUGAUUUAGUUCAUAUGGAUUUAUGGGGACCAUAUAACAUUUCUACUUUGGACAAGAAGCAUUACUUUCUAACUAUAGUUGAUGAUUACAGUAGAUUUGUUUGGAUUUACUUGUUGCAAUUGAAGUCUGAAACUGUUGUAGCCAUAAAGAUGUUCCUCUCUAUGAUCAAGACUCAAUUUGGUGCACAUGUUAAAGGUGAUAAUGGUACUGAAUUCUUUAACUCUCAAUGUAUAAAAUUGUUCCAUGAACUAGGAAUACUUCAUCAAAGUAGUUGUUCAUACACACCUCAACAAAAUGGUGUAGUGGAAAGAAAGCAUAGACAGAUUCUUAACAUAGCUAGAGCCAUCAGAUUUCAGUCAAAGAUGCCUAUCAGAUAUUGGGGAUAUUGUGUAAAGGCUGCUGUAUAUUUGAUGAAUAGAUUACCUUCUUCAAGUAUCUCAAACAAAAGUCCUUAUGAACUUCUUUACUCCAAAACUCCAACACUUGAUCAUCUAAAAGUGAUAGGGUGUUUAUGCUAUGCCACAGUGAUGCCUAAGGGUGACAAAUUUGCAGAAAGAGCUGUUCCUACUAUACUUCUAGGAUAUUCAGAGCUACAAAAGGGUUAUAUGUUGUUGGAUAUAAAGUCCAAAAGGUUUUUUGUGAGCAGAGAUGUGGUGUUUCAUGAAAAUGUCUUUCCUUUCUGUACAAAGGAAGCAUAUGCAGAAGCAUCAACAGAUGUAUGUGGUUCUCCAUUAGAUAUCAUUGAUAAUGCUUUAACAGAUUGUGAUGUUGAGCCUGCCAAAGACACAGAAACUCAUGAUGAUAAUGCUGGAAAUGCUAAUGCUCUUUAUGAUGAUAAUGCUGAAAAUACUAUUGCUACUGAAGCUGUUGAAAGGCCUACUACAAGUAUUAGAAGAACUUCAAGGAGGAUAAAGGAACCAGUUUGGAUGAAGGAUUACACAAAGGGUAAACAAAGCAGCACUAGGCAUCCAAUAGCCAAUUCUCUUAGCUAUGACAAAACUACAUCUGGUUACAAAGCAUUUGUAAGCAAAUUUUCUGAGUGCAUUGAACCAAAAUUUUUCCAUCAAGCAGCCAAAGAUGAUAGAUGGAUUCAGGCUAUGCAACAGGAGAUACAGGCUUUAGAAGAGAAUAAUACAUGGUCAAUAGUUGAUUUACCUAAAGGAAUGCACACUGUGGGCUCUAAGUGGAUUUACAAAAUAAAAUACAAAGCAGAUGGUCAAGUUGAAAGGUUCAAAGCUAGAUUGGUAGCUAAGGGAUAUAGUCAACAGGAAGGAUUAGACUAUCAUGAUACUUUUUCACCAGUUGCAAAGAUGGUGACUGUUAGAUGUGUGAUUGCCUUAGCUGUCUCAAAAGGAUGGCCUAUGUAUCAGAUGGAUGUUUAUAAUGCCUUUCUUCAAGGUGAUCUUGAAGAAGAAGUCUACAUGGAGAUGCCUGAAGGGUUUAGAAAACCAGGAGAAAACAAAGUGUGCAAGUUGCUUAAGUCUCUAUAUGGCCUUAAACAGGCAUCUAGACAGUGGAACUUGAAGUUGUCUAAUGCCUUAGUAGCAGCUGGUUUUUCUCAGAGUGGAUAUGAUUAUUCAUUAUUCACCUUAAAGAAAGAUGCAGACAUUGUAAUUGUUCUUGUUUAUGUUGAUGAUUUGCUGAUCACUGGAAGCAAUACAAAAAUGAUUAAUGAAGCAAAGGAGAAUCUACACAAACAGUUCAAGAUGAAAGACCUUGGUGAGCUCAGAUUUUUUCUUGGUAUUGAAGUGUUAAGAUCAGCAGAGGGAGUGAUUUUAAAUCAAAGAAAGUAUGUACUGGAACUUAUUUCUGAGGCAGGUCUAACAGGUGCAAAACCUUCCACAACUCCCAUUGAAUCAAAUCUCAGAUUAACAUCAGUAGAAUAUGAUCAGGCCAAUGGCUAUACUGAAGAUGUUAUACUACAAGAUGUCACUGCAUAUCAAAGGGUGAUAGGAAAGCUGCUGUAUGCUACUAUUACCAGGCCAGAUAUCAGCUAUGCAGUCCAAGUUUUGAGCCAAUUUAUGCAAGCUCCCAAGAGGUCACAUUGGGAUGCAGCAAUGAGAGUAAUCAAAUAUCUAAAAGGAACAGUUGGCCAAGGCAUAUGGCUACAAUCUAAACCUGCAAAUGAGUUAUCAUGUUGGUGUGAUUCUGAUUGGGCUGCCUGUCCUAAUACUAGGAGAUCUAUCACAGGAUAUGUGGUUAAGUUUGGAGAAUCACUUGUUUCCUGGAAAUCAAAGAAACAGCAGACUGUCUCCAGAAGUUCAGCUGAGGCUGAAUAUAGAAGCAUGGCAUCAGCUGUAUCUGAAGUUACUUGGCUAUUGGGGUUAUUUACUGAUCUAGGUGUGACAAUUCAUAUGCCAAUUCUUGUAUUUAGUGAUAGUAAAUCUGCAAUACAACUUGCAGCAAAUCCAGUUUUUCAUGAGAGGACAAAACACAUUGAAAUUGACUGCCACUUUAUUAGAGACAAAAUCAAAGCCAAGGUUAUUAGCACAGUUCAUGUUCAUACACAGCAACAACUAGCAGACUUGCUAACAAAGGGCUUAAAUCGAACUCAACAUUCAUAUCUUUUGGGCAAGCUUGGUGUGCUCAACAUUUUGCACCCUUCAGCUUGAGGGGGAAUGUUAAAAUUUACAUGCUAAAGAUCACUAGUUUGUUAGUUUGUUAACAUUGUUAGUUAGUAACAGCAUACACUAGUUUGUUAGCAUUAUAACAGAUUGAUAGUUAGUUAUACAAU